CACAGCACAUGAGAAGGGUUUAAGCUCUCUCUCUCUCUCUCGUAUGGGGGUUUUCUCUUUCCUCCGGAAAUUUUCAUGCCAAAAACCCCUCCUCCAAUCUCUCCUUCUGAAAACCAGACCCUUUAUCUUCCCCUCUCAUGGCUGCUACUGUACCAGCAGCAGAAGAGCCUUCUCUUCUUCUCCCUCUUCUAUCCUCCAACCAGAAACCCCUCCCGCAAGCCACCCAGAUCCCAAAACCACCCUCUCUGCCCGCAUGAGCUUCGUCUUUGAUCAAAUCGACACCAUUGAACGCGAACGGGCUGGCAAAGACGAGGCACUGCAGCGGAUUCGCGCCUGGCGUGAAAAGAAGCAGCAGAGGGCCGAUUCCAGGCUGCUGGAUGCUGCUGCUGUUGGUUCGGUUCCGGAAGCUACGGAAAAGAAAGUGAAUUUGUUUUCGACAACAAAGGAGGUGGAGGUUGUCCAUCCGUGGACUGAAUGGAUUGAAUUGAUGGAACGGUUGGUGGGUCAGAACUAUUUUGAUCAUCGGCGGAAAAAUGAAGAUCAAAUGGUUGAGGAUGUGCUGCAGGUUGAUGGUAGUGGCUUGGGGUUCGCAGAAGAGGGGUUUGAUUUUACAAGGGAUUGGACAACUGUGCGGACCGCGUGUCUCAACUUUGGUCGCGAUCGGUUCGAUAUCUUGAGAUCAUUGUCAAGGAAGGAUAUUCAAAUUCUAGUUGGUUAUGGAUGCCCUUCAACGGAUGUGAAGGUGGUUUUCUCUGCGAAGCUAUUGCGGAAGCAUGUUCAUCUUGAUGAAGGAGAUGUUUGUAGUUCAUGUAAUCUUAGAAGCUCCUGCAGCCGUGCAUAUCUACUUGCACGUAAAGAAGAUGAGGCACGGACCCUUGAUGUUAUGCGUGUCCUAUUGACAUUUGGCUUUGAUCCUGUGAUUGGGUCAGUCGAAAACAAGCCUCUUUUGAAACUGAAACCUGUGAAAACAAUAGUUCGCAAGUUGCUGCAUGAGGUAGUAAAGCUGAGUGCGGUUCCAAUAGAUCCAAACCUUCCACCGCCAGUAAUCAAGAAGCCCCCACCCAAAGUCAAGCAACCACCUCCCCCACCAAAGAAACGAGUAGGACGGGAUGACAUUGAAAUGAAGAAGGGAGACUGGCUGUGUCCUAAGUGUGACUUCAUGAAUUUUGCGAAGAAUACUGUCUGCUUGCAGUGUGAUGCCAAACGCCCGAAGCGGCAGCUGCUCCCAGGGGAAUGGGAAUGUCCUGAGUGUAACUUCUUGAAUUAUAGGCGAAAUAUGGCAUGCUUUCAUUGCGAGCACAAACGCCCACCAGACGAGUUCAUGGAGAAUCAAAUUCAGGCAAAACCACGUGGCCCUAGAACAGGGCUGGAGAGGGGUGCAAGAAUUCCGGGCGUUUCUGAUGCAUGGAAUUUCGAUUUUGAUGACAAUGAAUCUGACGGUGCAGAUGUUGCUGCUUUUGAGUUUGCAGAUUCUCCUAGAAUGGGCGACGGUUCUCCUUCUGAUGCCCCAGCUUAUACACGAAGUUCUAGGGAUUCUGAAGAUGAUGAUUCGUUCGAGACCAGCGGAAUGCAAAGGGCCCGUGAAAGAGUCAGAUAUCCCGAGCCUUCGGAUCGAAGGAUGCCCCCUUCACUUGUUAAUGGAACAGGAUUUGACGAUUUUGAUGAUGAAGAAGACGACAAUGUUGAUAGUUAUGAAUUGGACGUUCCAAGUAAAAAUUCAAAACAGGAGUUUUCUUCAAAGAACUUCUCUGCAGUGGAAGACUCAUUCGAGGCCGAUGAUUUUGAUGAUUCAGAUCAUUAUGGCAACGCCCGCCAGAGAAAUGAUUUGCGCUCUUACAAUAAGCCAUCUCGGCAAAUGCGAGGACAAGCUGCUUUCUCAGGCUCUGAUGAAGAUGAGCAAGAUUUUGAUUCCGACACUGAAGAAUGGAAAUCUAGUCAUGUCGCAGAUUCUAAACUGAGAACAGGACGUAGGGCUGGAAGUGGGCCAUACAGAGGGCUUUCUUUCGGUUCAGAAGAUGAUCUUGGCUCAAAUUCAGAUUCUGAUGACAAUAUGGACCUGGGUGCCACGCCUAAACGAAAUAAAUGGAGUAAGCAGACUUCAAAGAGAAAGGGUCUUAGGAGGGGAAAUUCUAAUUCUGACAGUGAUGGACUUCUGUUUGGCUCCGGCUCCGAAUCUGAUGACAAUGAUGAUCUACGAUCUCGUAGUAAUAAGAUGAGAGGAAAUAGGGCUGGUCCCGAUAGAAGAGGAAACACUUUCCGGGGUCAUAGUCGAUCAGGCCCAGCAAGAGAUUCACGGUUCAGAUUAAAUAAUCUGAUGAAUGACCGCAGGAACUCUUUCGAAAAAGAUGAUCGUGGUAGAUCUUUUCGUGGUCCUGGUAGGAAUGACAGAGGAUCAAGAGGGGCCGGCUAUGGUGAGUUUAGAGCAAAUGACAGAGGAAAUGAUUCAUGGAAUUCCAAUAGGCGGGGUCGAGGGGAGGAAUUUGGAUACAGGCAACGUGGAAGGUCUAAUAAAUUCGAGGACAGAUCGGAGGGAGGAAGAAGCUUUGGUGAUGAUAGACCUCGCAGGCGCAUAAUCGAGCGGUGAAAUUGGCAUAACAUGCUUCAAUACAGUCUUAUUGCAACUCUUUGGGCCCAUGAAUAGGACCUGUAAAUGGGAUUCCCAUGCAAUUUGGGAGUCCUUUGCUCAAGCAACUCCUGUCACGAAGACUUGGAAGUUGGAGGUUGAAUUCCUGUUAUAUCAAAUUCAGAGAACUUACUGGGAGUUUCCGAAUUUCUAUCAGCAACCUGUGCAGAGUAUGAGAUUGGGUUUCUCCUUUUUGGAUCUGACAGGAAAUUCCAGCCUCUUCUUGAGGAGAUUUAUGGGCAUGCAAAAGGUUAGUUAUCUUGACAGGUUUUUUAUUUGCCAAUGCAAGUCUCACAGAGCGGUUGUAUUCCAAUUUUGACCCUUUUUUUUUUCUCAUUAUUUUCUGAAUGCAUGCUGUCGAGAGAAAAUUGUGUCUCGAUUUUGAGAAAUGUGAAGCUGUUACUGAAUUUUCUGUGAUAAUGAAAAUAACCUUAGAAUUCAACAGGAACUAGAGCAUUUUAGUGA